GCGCUGGGUGCUGCCGGCGCCGCCCGCCUGAGGCGGGGGCGGGGGGGUGCGCGCCGAGCGCCGCGAUGGCGGCCGCCGUGGGCCUCUCUUCCUCGCCGGGCUCCCCCGCCGUGAGCGAGCUUUGCCAGAACGGGCGGGAGAUCUUCCUGGAAGCUUCGCGGCUGCUCCUCACCUACGCGGACAACAUCCUCCGGAAUCCUUAUGAAGAAAAAUAUAGAUUAAUUCGGAUUGGAAAUCCAGCAUUUUCCACGAGGCUGUUGCCUGUCAGAGGAGCAGUUGAAUGUUUAUUUGAGAUGGGGUUUCAAGAGGGAGAAACUCAUCUGGUUUUCCCUAAGGAAGCUUCUAUUGAACAGCUACGUAAAAUCAGAGACUUAAUUGCUGGAGAGAGGAGCAGCAGACUGAAUGAGUCAAAUCAGACCCACAGAUCAGGAUCCUCUGAAACCAUGGCCAGCACUCAGAGAGUUGCACAUCAGCCUUCAAGACCUGCUGACUCUCUUCUUGUCCCUGCCCGUCAGCAACCAGAAACAUCACUUGUGCAAUCUCUUGAAAUGGCUGCAGAUAUCUUGAAAACACUUCAAACAAAAUUUGAGCAUCAUGUAUUGAUGUAUGAGAAUCCUUCUAUUCAGCGGAAAGCGCUAGCUUCAAUUCCCCUCCAGCAAUUGAAAACGAAGGCUCAGAAAAAGCUAGCACAAGCUACAAGACUGGACAAAGGUGCACAUGUGAAUGAAGAGGACUUCUUACUGUUGGAGCUCUUGGACUGGUUUAAGAAUUACUUUUUUCAUUGGGUGAAUAAUCUUCCUUGCAGCAGGUGUGGUGGGCAGACAGAGCCUAAAAGUGACUACUUGUUGCCUACCGAAGAUGAUCUAAGGUGGAAUGCCAGUCGAGUGGAAAAUCAUUACUGCAACCAGUGUCAGUUUUGUAACAGAUUCCCAAGGUAUAACAACCCUGAAAAGCUUCUGGAAACUAGAUGCGGACGCUGUGGCGAGUGGGCUAACUGUUUUACACUGUGUUGCAGAGCUGUAGGUUUUGAAGCUAGAUACGUUUGGGACUGUACAGAUCAUGUUUGGACUGAAGUAUAUUCUUCAUCUCAGAAAAGAUGGCUUCACUGUGAUCCAUGUGAAAAUGUCUGUGAUAAACCUCUUCUCUAUGAAACUGGGUGGGGAAAGAAGCUUUCUUAUGUAAUUGCGUUCUCCAAAGACGAGGUUGUUGAUGUCACCUGGAGAUAUAGCUGUAAACAUCAAGAAGUGCUCUCCAGAAGAACAGCGCUCAGUGAAGCUACGCUACGUGAAACAAUUAACGCACUAAAUAGAACGAGACAACAAUCUUUGUCAGAAAAUAGAAAAAGAGAGCUUUUGGAAAGAACAAUUGUGGAGCUUGUUGAAUUUAUUUCUCCUAAAACACCUAAACCUGGAGAAUAUGGUGGAAGGACAUCAGGUUCACUGGCUUGGCGAGUAGCCAGAGGUGAAGUUGGUCCAGAGAAAAGAAAAGAAGUCCUUUUUAUUCCCUCUGAAAAAGAGAAGACAUCUAAAUUCUUCCACCUCAUCUACAAUGUAGUAGAAGAUUGUUACACACGUAUUUCCAAUAAUAAUGAAAAAAUAAAUGGCUGGGAAACAGGUGUUUGGAAGGCAGAGUCUGUUUGGAGAAAGGUUGAAACGGAUUGGAAAAUGCAGAUCUGCAAGGUAUGGAUUUGGAGAUUGAUUCAGCAGCUGUCCGAGAAACUUGGCAGCCAAAGGAGCCUUCAUACUUUGUUUAUCAUUUAGUAUGUGAUGAACAGAAAGGAAUUUAAAUACAAAAGCCACAGUAAGAAAAAGUAACUAUAGAUAUUAGCCCAAGAGUAACAAAAAAGAACCAUCAGUUACCUAUUCUGUCUUUGCAGUGUUGUUGAUCAGAAUGAUUCAGAUAGAUGAUCGAUUUGGCCGAUCUGACUGUAGCCUGUAUUUGUGUAUGUUCUUGCUAUUCUGUAUCACUUGACUAUAUGGUAUACAAAUUAAACAGAUACAAAAUACAAAUGUAAUCACAUUACCUAGAGGUAAUUUGGCACCCAGGGCUCAAACAAGCAGACUGCAGUAGGUGAUAAUGAGAAUCUAAGAACCUGUAGAUCUGAAAUCCAUGGAUUUCUAAAAGCUUGUUUUCCUGAAGAAUUGCUCCAGUAGAAGGAAUUUGAGUCUUCCCCGCCCCGAAUUAAGACUUUUUUCAAAUGACACUGGAAAAUGAGUAGCCAGGUAUGAAAGUUAAGAGGACAGUCAAAAAGACACAGAAGGAAACUAACUUCUGUUUUUCUGGUUAAAUGCUUGGAUUUUAUAAUGGAAGAUGAGACAGGUCCUAAAAGCAUAUGUUUAGUGCACCUCAACCAAGUAGUAAUUAACGGAUUUUUUUGCUUUCCUUGCUUAAAUAUGGCAAUUCCGUGGGAACUGAUCAAGGGAAAUCUCUUGCUAGAAAUAGCUAGGUACUUAAAAAAUAGUGUGGAGAUCAGCCCUUUCAUGAACAUCAUUAUAUUCACAUGAAAGCAGGUUAAAUUGUUUGAUUUCCAUAGUUGAUCUUCACACCUAGGGAACAUAACACCUCACACCUUUGGGGUUUCUCAGCUUUCUUAAACAUGGGAAUUAGUAUUUUUGUCUGGUUCGUAGUAACACAAAUUCUGCUUCAUAGUCUGUCAAUGACAUUUCUAUAUUAGGGUGAGAUCUUUAGCAAAACAUACUACUGUGUUUAUUAUUUUAUUCAGGGUUGUUCUUUCCAGAUUGAAAACUAAAGAGCUAUCUAAAUCCAUUCAGUAUGAUGAUAAUCAGAAGCUUGGACAUGACAGAGUUUUGAUAAGUUUUCUUAACUAAGGAUUCUGAAAGGAUCAUGGCAGCAAUCUGUAACAUCUUUUACCUUGGUUUGCUGAUAAUAGAUAACUAGACUUGAAAGGACCAUCAGACACUUACCACAAAGUUAUCAUGAGGGUUGGUAAUAACUUUAAUGAAUGUUAACCUAUGGGCUUGACUGAAGUCAGGUGAAGUUUAGAACAGCAUUGGGAGUACAUUAAAUUACGCAAAUCUCCUAACAGUUCAAGUAAAGUUAAUACAGGAUUUAUAUAUGGCUAGCAUGUAUAAUUUGCUUUAACCAAGACUUGUCAAGUCCUAGGACAAGUAGUAUGCAGCCACAUCUGAAGAAUCUAAAAUGCUGGUUACACAGUUUUCUUCAUCAGCGAUACUGACCAACCAAAAUGAACAACAAAAGUGUGUGGGCUUGUGCAUUUAUAUGAAAAACAGAAGUCUGCUUUUUUGUAAAAAUAAUAAACUUAGGUAUUUUUGUGGCUUAAACUUCACCAGCUAUGUUGAAAUAGUGUUCCCUAGUGAAGGACUAUGAACAUAUACUAUUACCUAACUGUGGAAUAGACUUAAGGAUUCAGAAUGAGGUUAUAUUAAAACUGUAGAUACUACCAUUUUGUAAUGUUUAGAGGCUUGAUAAUGAAUGAAAGCGUGUUAUCUUUAGAUGUUAUGUCCUUGUUACAUCUAAUUAAUCAUUGUUGGUGGUCUCAGUUUUUGAUAUGCUAACUAUGUCGUCU